AGGGAGAAGAAGGAGAGCGUCGUAGCUAGCUUACAUGAAUUAGUUGGUUACUGGAGCUAGCAUACUUCCUUACCAGUCAAACGACAGCUCUAAUUUCUCAGUUACGAACAAAUGAAUUUAGCUUAGCCAGUAGCUGUUAAGUUGAAUUUUAUUACACAUGGAUUUAAGUUCGGUUAACCGUUCGCCGAAAGAAGAAGGGGAGCUUGAAGACGGGGAGAUUUGCGAUGAUGAAACAGAGGAAAAUGUGCUUAUGCCGCUGGGGGAUGGUAGGCCCAGCAGCAUUUCUCAACGGACACAGAAGCCACCAAACGUCAAACAUCCGCACAAUAUGCUGCCACUUAUGGCGCACCCGACGCCAGAUUUCCGCAUGUUAAUGCCCUACAGCCUCGGACCUCGUCUACGCGGGCCCUUUCCGCCGAGCCACAGGCAGCAGUGUGGGCCUAGCGGGCCCGAUCGACCCCCUCCUCCACCACCACCGGGACUCGGCCCUCACGGAGAGCCGAGCCCACGAUCCAACUUCUGGGAGCGAAGUCACAGCGCCCUGGGAAGAUUUAGGCACCGGACCGUACCGAACGGAGUACGCGGGGACUGGAACAGAGGCGGCUGGGGAGAGAGUAACAUUAGACCUCCCCCUGGUCGUUAUGGGCCCGGAGAGAGUCACGGCAACAAGAAGGACUCUCCCACGAGAAAACAAAAACAAUCCGGCAGGAACCAAGCAAGAAAACCAGCACACAGUGUUGCCAAACCAGAAAAUGGUGUUGAUGAGACCUUCGAGGACUUGCUCUCAAAGUAUAAGCAGAUUCAGCUCGAGCUGGAAUGCAUUCGAAAAGAGGAAACCAUGGCUCUGGAACCCAAAGGGUCCCCAGCAAGAGAGGAGGCACCAUCCAAUGCUGCCAGUAUUACUGAAGCCAAACCAGUACCUGAAAUAGCCAGUAUUCAGAGUCCAGCUGCCACAGAGGAUGUCCCAGGUCCAGAGAAGACAGAGAAAAAAGUGUUCCAGGCCUUCAACAUCAAACCUCUACGUCAGAAACUUCUGACGCCUGCAGAGUUGGAUGCAUUCAAGAGCAAGCAGCCUGAGCAGCAGGAUAAGGAGGAUGAUGGUGAAAAAGAGGGAGAUGAAGGAACAACGCAACAAGAGGGAGUAAAGGCAGAGGACAAAACUGCCAAAGAGGGAGAUGAAAUUGCGUGUGCGUGCUGCAAUCAGGAAACUGAGAAAGGAGAGAAGGGGAAAACAAAGAAGUCUUGUGGCUGCCAGUGCCACAGUGAAUCAUCUGCUUCCAGUGAGGACUCCACCUCCCCUGACAAACUGGAGACGAGUGCUAAAGUUGAGGAAGAGGAGCUGUCGGAACUGCAGCUGCGUCUCCUGGCCUUGCAGUCGGCCAGCAAGAAGUGGCAACAGAAGGAGCAGCAGGUGAUGAAGGAGAGCAAGAAUCGGAUCACCAAGGCCUCCCAGGGGAAGAACUCCAACCUGAGCUCCGGCACCACUCUGUCAAGCAGGCAGAGGGUCACAACCAGGUCUGCUUCCUCCGCUGCUGCUACUGCUGCAGAAAGGACCAGAACGAGGUCCAAACCUCUGGAGAGGGAACGGGACAGGGCAAAGGUUGGGACCAGGCCUCCAGACAGAGAUAGAGAGCGUGUGAAUGCCUUGGAGAGGGAAAGGCCCAAACCUAGUGGCAAGCCACCAAUGGAGAGAGGCAGAACACCAGCCAAGCCUCAUAUGGCCAAGAAGAUGAUCAACCCAGGCUCAGCAGCCAAGCAGGCAUUUAGGAAGCAGCAGUUGCGGACAUGGAAGCUGCAGCAGCAACGGGAGCAGGAUAAGGCACGACAACAGGAAGAGGAGGAACGCCGCAAACGUGAGGACGAAAUCCGCAAGAUCCGUGACCUGUCCAACCAGGAUGAGCAGUACAACCGCUUCAUGAAGCUGGUGGGGGGCAAGACACAGCCCCGCAGUAAAUCUAGGGACCGGGAACACAGGAAAUCAACGGGCAAACAAGGCCUGGACGCCUCAGGGAACCUCUACCAGUAUGACAACUAUGAUGAGGUUGCAAUGGACACAGACAGUGAGGGCUCACCAGUCCCUUCACCAACACAUAAUCCCUUUGCAGCUGAAGAUCCUGGCUGUAUUUCUCAGAUGUCUCUCUACCCAACAGACUCCCCUCAGUUUGGAAUGGAUUUUGCACAGCCUUUCCUGUCCCCCAUAUUAUCUGGUGUUCCUCCCCCACCACCGCCACUUCCUCCCCCACCAGAUGAAGUGGAGCAGCCUCCCAAACCGCCAUUUGCGGACGAGGAAGAAGAGGAGGAGAUGCUACUCAGGGAGACAUGUCUCAUGUCUAUGGCCAACAAGAGGGUGGCUGUAUCAGAGGAGAAGACCUCCACAAGUGGUCCCCCCUCUCCACACCCCCAGCAUGCGGUGGGUGCUCAGCAGCCAUCCAGGGGCAACUUGAGCACAGUCAGCCUGAACACAGUGCCCCAGUCACGAGGCAAGAAGUUCACCAGAGGACAUCAUGUUCCUAGAGCUCCUCUUGUGCUUCCCAGACACAAGGCAGUAGUGGUGUCACUAAAUGAUUCAGACGACAGCGACUCUGACAUGGAUGCCUGCAGCUCCACGCAGACAGUGUUUGGAGGCCUGGAGUUCAUGAUCAAAGAAGCCAGGAGAACUGUAGAGGCAGCAAAGCCGAAAGGCGCAUCAGGAUCUGAGAAGGAGAACAACCCAGGUCGAACUCCAGAGGCCUUGUCUGAAGCCAAGAAGACAGAGUACCGCCUGCUCAAGGAGGAAAUUGCCAACAGGGAGAAGCAGAGGCUGGUGAAAGAGCAGAGCCACAGUCCUCGGAGUGCCGCCUCGCCUGCCGUCUCAGACUCUGAGGUGGACUCAACAGCGAAAGCAACAGCAGAGCUCCAGCUCACUGAGGCAGAAGACAGGCUGACCAAACACAGAGCCUUGCUGCAGAAAGAUGAGGCCAUUCUGAGGCAGCUGCUCCAACAGGAGCUGAAGAAGCGCGAGUCUCUGAGGGCGGCUGAGGCCAAAGUGGCCAAGCUGAGAGAGCAGCUGCUGGCAUCUGAGAAGAUUGUUGGUGUCAACAGCAUACUGCUGAAAAAGCUCCAGGAACAGGUGUAUCGUGUUGAACACCGUGUGUCCAUAAAAAAGAGCCAGACUGUGAAGUUGGAGAGGGAGCUUGCACAGGCCCAGGUGGCUGCCGGCAGAGGGUUGAAACGACGGACUGACUCCACCCAGCUCCUGCCUAAUAAGCUUCAACGUGUGGAUGGACCUCGUGGCUCUGAGCGUCACUUUGCAGAGCUCAUAGCCCAGAAGCAGAGGCUGCAGCAGCUGGAAUCCGAGUACGCCCUCAAGAUCCAGAAGCUGAAGGAGGCCCAGGCCCUGCGCAACCGAGGAAACACGUUGGAACCACCUGUAACAGAGCCGCCUUUGCGAGCUGCCACGCCGCCCCACCUUCAGAGCCAGCUACCGCCCCCCUCCAGCCCCUUCGACUUGCCCCAGCCUUCCUUACAUGACCUCACCCAGGACAAGCUAACCAUAGAUAGUGGAGACGUCGCCGAGCCUGAAGAUCACGAAGCUGAACCUACACCAGCGCCCAGCACCGCCACAGGAACCCGUCGCCACUCUUUCCGUCAGUCCAGCUCUUUCACCAAACCCAAACUGGAGCAGCUUGGCUCGACUCCAGCUAAAGACAACAGUGGCGCCAAGCCGGCCAAAGCCUCAGCUAGUUCCACAGAGCCUUCAGAGAUGUUUACAGGGCUGGACAUGGAUGCCCUGAAGCAGAGAUACCUGCAGCAGGCCCCAUUAGGAGAGCUGCUGCUAACAGAGUUGCAUAAAGUGGGAGAGGAUGCGGAGACCCCUCCAGCUGGAAAGGUUAUUGCACCAGAUGUAGAAGCAGUCACAAGCCAAGUAGGUAGCAUCGAGCAGAAGCCUGUUCCCUUCGGACUGUAUCGUAGCCCUCUUCUGGCCUUCAAAUCAUACAGGUUUAGCCCAUAUUACAGGACCAAGGAGAAGUUAUCACUGAGCUCUGUAACUUAUAGCAACACUAUAGACCCGAAAAAGUCUUUCUGCCGGUUUGACCUGACGGGUACCUGCAAUGAUGAUGACUGCCAAUGGCAACACAUGAGAAACUGCACUUUGACUGGAAACCAGCUCUUCCAGGAUAUUCUUUCCUACAACCUGUCCUUAAUUGGCUGUUCCGAGAGCAGCUCCUACGACGAAAUCAGUGUUUGCACAGAAAAAUAUAUCAAGAAGCUGUUUGGCACAAACAAGGACCGAAUGGGAAUAGACCAAAAGGCUGUCCUCCUCGUGAGCAAAGUGAACGAAAGCAAACGACACGUCCCUCCCUUUACCACAUGUAAGGAUAUCAGGAAGUGGAGGCCAAAGCCAUCGGGGCAGAGUAACUCCAGCCCUGCAGAGGACAGCGACGAUGAGACUAUAGGUGGCUGUCUGGCACUAGGGAAACAUGAUGACUGCUCUAAAACCGGCUUAUCUGCCCUGGAUGUGUGUAUCACGUCAGAGGACAAGCGCUAUUUUGUCAGUGAGACAGAUGACAUAUCAAACCUGGAGAGCAGUGUUGUGGAGAACCCCUGUGACGCUCAGCUUUGGAUCAAAUUGGCUUUCAAAUACCUCAAUCAGAAAGAAACUUCUCCAUCGGAGUGCCUGGACGCUGCCUUGAACACGCUGUCCCGUGCUCUGGAGGACAACUGCGACAACCCAGAGAUCUGGAGCCACUACCUGUUGCUGUUCUCCAAACGAGGCAGGAGGGAGGAAGUACAGGAGAUGUGUGAGAUGGCUGUAGAGCACGCGCCUGACUACCAAGUGUGGUGGAGUUAUUUGAACUUGGAGAACUCCUUUGAGGGGAAGGACUACGUAUGUGAUCGUCUUCUACAGUACCUCCUCACUGUGGCGUCUUCUGGUGUCACAGAGAAAGUCUCCUUCCAGCUUAUGGAGGCUCUGCUCUACAGAGUCGACCUCAAUCUGUUCACAGGCAGGAUGGAGAGUGCCCUGGCCUUUUUACAGAAUGCCUUGAAAUCAGCCAAUGAGAGGAGCAUCGCUGACCACCUGACAGCAAGCGACCGGGCCCUGGUCUGGCUCUCUUACAUCCACCUGACAGAGUUUGAUCGCCUGCCAUCCAGCCUGUACAAUCCAGCCACUUCCAGCCCCUCCAGGCUCGUGAGCCGAGAGCCCUUCCAGCUGCCCUGGAGAACGCCACAGGACAUCAGCACACCACUUGAUAUCCUCAUCGCCCUGUUUGAAGAUGCCAUCCAUCAGUGCAGCGAUGAGACUAUGUCGCCAGCUGAGAGGACGCUGGCCUGCAUGCCUCUGCACACCAAUCUCAUCUCCCUUAACAAACUCCUAGAAAGGUUUGAUGUGGGUAUUCAGCUGUGUGAGUCCUUGAUGGAGUUUUGCCCUGAGUCCUGUAUCCUACGGAACGCCCUGGCCGACCUCCACAUAGCUAAAGGAAACUGCGACCAGGCAGUCAGCAUGUGGCUUCAUGCCCUGGCAGAGUGUCCCAACAACGCUGAGGUCUUCUACCACUCCUGCAAGUUCCUCAUGGCUCAGGAGAAGUCUAGCGCCAUCGUGCCUUUGUUUCGAGGAUUCAUCCUGUCUCUUUGUGAAGAUGAACAGAGUCUGAAGCAACCUAUGGACAUUCUGCGGCACAUCCUUGGUAUUCCCACUGAGGAGAUCUUGCGUGGCCCAGUCAUCAAAAAGGAAGUUCAGGAGCAGCUUGGCCAGCAGAUGCCUUACCUCCAUCUGGUUCACUGCUGCUGGCAGUGGCUGCACGGUACUGUAGAGGAGACGAUGGACGCCUUUGAGAGGGCACUGGGAUCAACCAUGCAGCUGGAUGUGCUUCACAAACUUUGGAUGGAUUAUCUCCAUUUCACCAGCACUCAGCAGGCUGGUGGCCCAGCUGCCAGCAGGUACAAACUCUUCUCAGAAAUGGUGUUGCGUUGUCUGGGCACCGUCCCGUCUCGGCUAGAGCUUCCCUUCAGCCCAGCGGAGUACUGGAGCUGCUACCGCUUCCAUAACAAGGUGGUGACUUACUAUCUGAGCUGUCUGCCGCAGUCCCAGCAUGCCCUUGUCCUGGAGAGACUGCGAAACACCAUGCCCCACAACAUCGAGCUUGGUUUGAGGUUGCUGUACCAUGAGUGGCAGGAUGGAAACACUGAACAUCUGAAAUUCCAGGCCAGGAUGUUGAGCAAUAGUGCUCCAAAGUGUUUGGCCACCUGGAAAAUAGCAAUAGCUGUGGAGAGGGAGCUAAAGGAGCGAUCUGAGGUACGACUACUCUAUCAGCAAGCCCUCCAAAACCUUCCACUGUGUGCCGCCCUUUGGAAAGAUCGUCUGCUGUUUGAAGCUGCUGAGGGAGGUAAAACAGAUAAACUGAGGAAACUUGUUGACAAGUGUCAAGAGGUGGGAGUGAGUCUAAGUGAGCCCCUAAAUUUAGGCCCGGGCAGAACGCAGGGAGAGGAUCAGUGACACUCGCUACCAUUCCUCAGGUCGACCUUCUCUCCAAGAGAGAAAAAUUAAUUAACAAAAAACGAAUCAAAAACAAGAUUGGCGCUAGAUUGUUCAGUGAGACUAUACUAAUGAGACGGCGACUGCCGAGGUAAGCCAGAGGAGGGCAGGCGGGCUACAUUAGUCGCCUCCCCCCUCCUGCAGUGCCGCCUUUGCAAGCCAGGGGGCGCCAGGAAGAAAGGAGCACUCAACCAUGGAGGUCAUUGAACUCCCUCGAAUGUCCAAAACUGUCUGGGCCAGCUUAUAUCAACCUUACAUCACAUACGUAAGUAUAGAUUAUGCUAAGUGACACAGUCUUGCCUUUCUCCCCGUUUUUAAUUUAUGUGUUCCCUUUUUUAUCCCUGUACUGUCACUUUCAUUUGGAGUUUAUUUUCAGUUUUUUACCUGGGGUUUGGUGUUGGGAUGGACCAUGACAUCUCACUGUGGUGUUUGAUAACCUUGUGUGUUUUAAAGGAUGUUUUCCCCCAACAACUGUACAUUGUCUUUCUUUGUCUUGAUGCCUCCCGAGGAAAGGGAUUGAGACAUUUAUUUCACCAUUCUGUUUAACUGAUCCAAAAAAACAAACAAACAAACUGAAAAUUGAAGUCCAUGUGGAUCAUGGCUGCCUGCUAGUAUUCUAUUUGGCCUUUCCGUUGCCACUCGUAUUUGUGAGACUGCCACAGAGACUGAUCAACGCUGUGACUGUCCUCUGCCAGCCGACCAACGGGGAAGGCCCUUUAAACGCAUAACAUUGAUAGUCAAGGACAAGACAGUCAGGACCUUGCUAACAUGUUCUCAUGUGCAAUUUUUGUCUUUUUUUGUCAGAGUUCUAUUAUAUAAUAAUUAAAGAGUAUUAGCAAGGAGAGGAGAAUUUAAGUCCUUCCACUGUUUUUCUAUGUUUGAUUCAAAUGUUUAUAUUAAAUUAUUUUCUAAAGAAAA